AUUUUUUGACGUCUUUGUUACACACAAAUCCAUAAAACUAAUUGUGGAAUCGGCCGAACAGUAAAAAGAAAUGGCAAAGUUUAAGGGACAUUUGUUACUUGUGUUUUUAAUAGUGGUGUCCGUUCAGAUAAGUUACACUAAGGUUUUCGGUUUUCCUGGACAUUUUGGUAUACCAGUAAGAGGGACAGGACUAGGACCAGUACUACCUAAAACAGGAGCAUUACUAGGUUACACAGAUGGAACUCAGAAUAAAACCAGUUCCAUGCGGCAGAAUAGAGCCUCAAUUAAAGGGAGCAGAGUACCAGAAGCAUUACUAGGUUACACAGAUGCAACUCAGAAUAAAACCAGUUCCAGGCGGCAGAAAAGAGCACCAGUUAAAGGGAACAGAAUACCAGGAGCAUUACUAGGUAACCCAGAUGCAACUCAUAAUAAACCCAGUUCCAGGCGGCAGAAAAGAGCACCAGUUAAAGGGAACAGAAUACCAGGAGCAUUACUAGGUAACCCAGAUGCAACUCAUAAUAAACCCAGUUCCAGGCGGCAGAAAAGAGCCCCAGUUAAAGGGAACAGAAUACCAGGAGCAUUACUAGGCAACCCAGAUGCAACUCAUAAUAAACCCAGUUCCAGGCGGCAGAAAAGAGCACCAGUUAAAGGGAACAGAAUACCAGGAGCAUUACUAGGUAACCCAGAUGCAACUCAUAAUAAACCCAGUUCCAGGCGGCAGAAAAGAGCACCAGUUAAAGGGAACAGAAUACCAGGAGCAUUACUAGGUAACCCAGAUGCAACUCAUAAUAAACCCAGUUCCAGGCGGCAGAAAAGAGCCCCAGUUAAAGGGAACAGAAUACCAGGAGCAUUACUAGGUUACCCAGAUGCAACUCAUAAUAAACCCAGUUCCAGGCGGCAGAAAAGAGCACCAGUUAAAGGGAACAGAAUACCAGGAGCAUUACUAGGUAACCCAGAUGCAACUCAUAAUAAACCCAGUUCCAGGCGGCAGAAAAGAGCACCAGUUAAAGGGAACAGAAUACCAGGAGCAUUACUAGGUAACCCAGAUGCAACUCAUAAUAAACCCAGUUCCAAGCGGCAGAAAAGAGCUUCAAUUAAAGGGAACAGAAUACCAGGAGCAUUACUAGGUUACACAGAUGCAACUCAGAAUAAAACCAGUUCCAGGCGGCAGAAAAGAGCCUCAAAUCGAAAUAACAAGUCCCCUGCACCAGGAAAUGGAAAAAUACUCGAAUUCGCAACCAAUGGAAAUGAAGUGGCCCCUGAACCAGAUAAAAAUUGAAAUGAGAAUAUUGAUCUUUCAUUUCUUGAUGCGGUUAUGGUAUUCUGGCAAUAUUUAACUUUCCACACCUGAGGAAAUGCCCCUUAAAGCUUUAUAAAGUGUAAUAUUUUUAUUGAACUUUAUGGAUAAUUAUUUAACUCAUUUUAUACACAAUUUUUAGCAAUUUAACAACCCUAACUGUUAAAAACUAUAUUUUGGCCGGCAUUAAUGCCAACAAAAAUGUAUUAGUCAAGUCAAAUGUCAAUAAUUUUGUUUCUUAAUAUGUAUACACAAAUCCGACACAAAUCAAGCUUAUUUUUACAUCAAAGAUAUAGUUUUUAGAAAAUAUACUGGCAUAUUUUCUUCUCUAUGUUCAUAUUAAUUUAUUUAAGUGCUGAAAGUUAGUUGUCUAUUAAAUUAGAUAAAAAGAAUUGUUAAUACAAAUUCAAACUUUUUAAUUAUAAUUUUAUUUAUAUUUUUUUGGUGGCUAAUUAAAAAUAAAUACGAUUUUUAUUGAUGUA